UCAUCUGAGUAAACAGAAAAGAUGGCGACGCCAUACACGGGAGAUCCGGUUUUAGGGACAAACGGUGUUAUUUCAGAGAGUUUCGCCAAACAGUUUACCGAUUUACCAGCGGAAUUAUUAGAGCAUAUAUUGUGCUUCCCCGUUCUAAACCAUAUCGACAUCUGCAAUGUUUCCUGCACGUGCAAGAGGCUGCAUGACGUAUGCCAUGGCAGAGGAAAGGUCUGGGCGCAUCAGUACAAACUCAGGUGGCCCAGGCUGCAGAGAUUUUAUCAACAAAAUGAGUCAUACGAUUGGCUGAAAGAAUUCAAAACCCGGCACAUGGUUGGUCAACAGAUAAGAAGAACAGUAGAGUCUAUUUCCAAGAGGUUCUUCACAGAAGUUCUACGGUUGGACAGGUAUAUUUAUAUGGUUCUUGGAGACAGCUUUGCGGAAAUCGAGUCUCUUGGUGCUCCAGAACACUUCUGUGAGGAUGAGCUGCUUGGCAUUUUGAACUCGGACAAAAGGAAAUGUUUGACACUUAAGUACUAUGCAAAGAAAAUCCUCUACUUCCUCCGGCAGCAGAACAUUCUGAGGAAUUUGAGGGGUUUCCUUGAGAGACCACCAGAACAACAAUCAGCCCUUGAAGGUGCUGUUUUGGUCGAUCGGUGUUGCAACCCUCUGGCUGAUAUCACUCUUGAGAGCAUAUCUGCACAGAUAGAAGAACUCACUGACAAGGUGAAGAAGUAUCUGCGAGUAAAAAAUGCCACACACCCAAGUCUACGAGCCAGUCAAGGUGACUGCUUUGUUCUGGAAAACCUGGAGUUUGAAAGGCAAGUCAUAUGUGCUCUGAAUGCUGUGCUGUAUGACCAGCUGCAGUACAAGGGCAAUGAGCGGGACUACUACAAUCCACUCAACUCAUACAUACAUCAGGUUCUGCUCCGUCGGACGGGCAUUCCCAUCAGCCUCUCUGUGCUUUACAUGACUCUGGCCAGGAAGUUAGGAGUUCCUCUGGAGCCUGUCAACUUCCCCAACCAUUUCCUGCUCCGCUGGUGCCAAAAUCAAAGGAGGAGCGAGGACAUCUAUGACUAUGUAUACAUCGACACGUUUGGGAAAGGAAAGCAGCUGGCUGCUAAAGAGUGUGAGAAUCUGAUCCGGCACCAGGUGGGAGCAGAUUAUUACAGCGCUAUAAGCACCAGCGAGCUGCUGCUGCGGAUGGUGGGAAACCUGCUGAACAUUGGCAAAAGAGGGGAAGGUAAUGAGAAAUCAUAUCAGCUCCUGCGGGACUCGCUGGAUCUCUACCUCACUAUCAACCCUGAUAAUGUGCAGUAUCUUCUGCUACAGGCCCGUCUCUACUUCCACCUGGGCAUCUGGCCUGAGAAAGUGUUGGAUAUUCUGCAGCAUAUCCAGGCUCUGGACCCAUCUCAGCAUGGAGCGGUCGGGUAUCUGGUGCAGCACACGCUUGAGCACAUCCAGCAUAAGAGGCAUCCCGUAGAGCCGGAGGUGAAGAGGCGCAGCGUGCCGGAGCACAGGGACGUACUGUACUCUGUAGGCCUCAUCAUGAAACAUAAGAGGUCAGGCUACAACUGCGUUAUCUACGGUUGGGACCCUAAAUGCACCAUGAGUCAGGAGUGGAUUAACACUAUGAGGGUCCAUCAGCUGUCUAAGGGGGCCGAUCAGCCAUUCUACAACGUCUUAGUGCAGGAUGGGACAUGUAGAUAUGCUGCGCAAGAGAAUCUUGAACCUCACUCGGCCCCGCUGGAGAUCGCUCACCCUGAGGUCGGCCGCUACUUCACCGAGUUCUCUGACACACAUUACAUCGCUAAUGAAGAGCUCCAGGCGCAUUACCCAGAGGACAUGUGCAAGACCCACAGGACUGUAGAGGAGCUCUACCACGGUCUCAACCCAAACUCAGGGCAGCCCCCGGAGCCCACCGCCAACUUCCAGGACCAUGAUUUGUUAGAUCCGUAGAGGAGAAUGCCACCCCACUAUAGAUGCGUAAUGCCAUUCACUUUCUCCUGAACUGUUACAGCUGUUAAGGGACUGGAUUUGAAGUUUGAAGAACUACUGUACUUAAAGGAAUAGUUCACCCAAAAAUGAAAAUUUGCUGAACAUUUACUCAAUUGCCUUCCAAGAUGUAGAUGAGUUUGUUUCUUCAUUAGAACAGAUUUGGAGUAAUGUAGCAUUACAUCUCUUG